ACUACUAGUACAGUUACCUCAUGUCUCAGAAUAAGCCCUCAGUAGAACCCCCAAACGGGGGAUGGGGCUGGUGUAUUGUCGGCGCUUUAUUUUUAAGUAUGGGGUUAGGCUUUGGAAACUAUUCUUGCUCGUCAAUUCUGUUUCAAGCAAUUAUGAUCGAUUUAGAUUUGCCCAUUGGACAGCUAACUUGGAUAGCAUGCGGUUUUCAGCUGGGUCGUUCUUUAGGCAGCUUGGCCAUGCCAGUAUUUGCUACACGUUUUGGCUACCGGGCGCCUUGUAUGGGUAUUUGGCUGGCCAGUGGUAUAUCAUAUGCGUCUACGAGUUUGCUGUAUACCCCCAUUGUGAUAUACAUAUGCCUUGGAUUUUUCUUGGGAUUUGCAAGCGGAAAUACAUCAGUGUUAUGCCCUGUUUUGAUUAACCGUUACUUUACCACGAAAACGACUAUCGCAUUAAGCAUUAGUCAAAUCGGCGUUUCUUUAAGCACUCUCAUUCUAGCGCCUGUAACUCAAUUAUUAAUUGAUAAUUACGCAUGGCGAGGCGCUGUGCUCAUUUUAGGCGGUUUUAUUUUAAACGCUGUUGUGGCUAGCUCUCUUUUCCGGCCAAUUAAUUUGAAAACUGAUAACGCAGAAGUACAGUCGUUAAGUUUUGCCCCGGCGAAAAGAGUUCUGAAAAAGCCGCUUUUUUGGGCCGCUUUAAUAUACUUAGGGGCCCCAAUAAUAGCCUCUUGUUUUGCAAUAGUAUUUAGUGUUCCUUUUGCUAAGAGAAAUAUAGGGGCUUCUGGAAUACACUCUGCGCUUGUACUUUCAGUAUACAGUUUUGCCGGAAUUAUUGGGAAGUUAUUUUUCGGGGCAAUUGGGGACAAAUUUCGGGACAAAGUCGUAAUUAUUUCAAUGAUUAGUCUAUUUUGUUCAGGCACGCUUUUAGGCGCGAUUUGGUUCGUAGACAUUUACUCUGUUUUAGUCAUUCUCAUAGGGGUGUACUCUUUCUUUACGUCGCCGAUACAUGUUUUGUAUUUUCAUUUAAUUGGUUCAGUUGUCGAGAAAAAUGAUUUCAAAUGGGCCAUGAGUUUCAUCAUGUUUAUAACCGCUAUGUUCCUGGUUGGAGUCCUACCCUUGGCAGGUCUUUUAGUAGAUGCUCUGAGCGAUGUACGGAUAAUGUUCGUAAUUUCGGCUUGUCUAUACUACACUUCUGUUUUAAUGCAUAUACCCAUUUUACUAAAAGCUAAAACUUCAACUAACAAUAAAUAAAAUUAAUCAAUAUCGUCCAGUUUUAAUGCUUUUUUCUCGAGUUCUCUCGUUUUGCUUUUUUUCUCUCCACUUCUCUCGAAUUCAAGUAUAGUAUUUACUAUUUUCCAAACUUACUGUCGUUUUCUUUACUUUUUAUUUAUUUUUAUUGUGUUUUAUUUGGAUAAAAACAGUCCAAAAACACCAAUUUACAAUAUUAUAAUAUGAGGGUUAAAAAAAUAGGCACAAGGUGUAUGAAACAGAACAACGUCGUUAUAACGACUGUCGUUUCCCAUCUGCAAGAAUAAAUAAAUUUCUUUUAUUCUGCUGCCAUUGUGGGUGUAUGUGUCCUUGGGCAAGACACUUAACGGCAAUUGCUCCAACCUAGUGGUCACUAAUGGAUUGUCUAAAUUAUCGGCCGGACAUAAAAACCGAAAAAAACAAAUAGUAACCACACAAAGUUACACACGUGGUAACUCGUAAGCGGGCACGAAGCGUAUGAAACAGAACACCCGUGUUAUAACGACUGUCGUUUUCCGGCCAUGCGAAAAUAAAGCAAUUUACAUUCAAUGGAAAAAAACAUUUUUUUAAAGCAAUGCAAUAUACUAGAACAGUUUAACUACGGGUACAGUCGUACAACUUUCCAAUUUUCGCAAUCUUUUUGGUCAUUUUCUUCAUUUUCGUUUACUUUUGUACAUAGUAUCCUGUCAUUCGGACAUGUUGGUCCCCUGUCCUGAUAAAACUCUACCGAUUCCGGGACUAGGCAGAACGACUGUACAUAUCCAGGCUUGGGAAAAUCCGAAAUUUCUUUUAAAUUCGCCGAUUUGUAUUUUUCCACUAAUUUCUGGUAAUUUUCCAUUUCACCCUGUUGGGGUCCUACGCUGACCGCAUAUUUGAUGUCACCCGGCCACGCUUGAAAGGACGUGACGUCAUCAGUUUUAACCACGUGACCUUCGACUCGCACAGACCUUUUAAUUUCCGCCCAAUAAAACGUAGCAGCGACUGCCGAAUUCUCUUC